AUGUUAAAGAGAAGUCCAAGCCCACCAGCAACGUAUGCAAAGUAUUUGGAUGAUUUUGAAGGAUGUGAUGAAACACAGACGAUACCAACUACCAGUUCUACCAGUUUACACCGAACUCCCGGGAAGCGCGCAUAUCACCGACAGUUUUCAUCAGAAGGUUAUAGUAGUACGUUUGAGGAUUUCGAAUCUGUAGAAAGCAGUUAUAGCGGCUUCAUCGAAAAUUCGGCCAUCAGUGAGCAACAGUAUUCUGCGAAUGCAACAAAUUUUUAUGCCGGAACUUAUGUUGGAACAAAUUCUUUAGAUGACCAGAUAGGCUGCACGCAAAAUACGAGCAGCGAGCCAGCGAAGGAAAAUAGACCAAAAUCAAUUUAUGAAUUAAAAGAACGCGAAAAAGCGGUAAAACAUGUGAACAAAAUCUGUUAUGCGUUCGCGAAAUUUGGUGAUUGUCACUAUGGUGAAAGUUGUAAAUUUUCCCAUGAUCCGAAGUUGCUAACUAAACAACAGCAGUCACUGCAACGUGUAGUGUCUCAGUAUAGUGAUAUGGAGAGCAGUGCACAAAAACUUUAUAUAAAUGAGAUUGAAAGUUCAAGCGCAACAUGCCAUCAGUUGGAACAACGUUUGAUAGAAAUUCAGCGAGAACUUACAAUGUUAGAGGAAGAGGGAAAAAAGCCAAAGUCUUCAGUGGUUGUGCCUCGGAGAAACCAAUCGAUUUUUGGUAGUAGUUCAAGGGCUGCUAUCAAUGUUGGUGGUGAUUUUAUAGUAAAAAUUGGAACGUCAUGUAAUGAUCGUCAAGAAAACAAACGGGAAACACAUCGAAAUUUCGGAAAACUGGAUGGGAAUCAUAAUCGAUUUAAAAAGUCUGUCUUCAUGCCAGAAGAAAAGAUGCUUGCUGUAAGCGAUGAUGACAGUGAAGAAAAUGAUAAAAGGGAGAGGAAUAGAAAACCCUUUAAAUUGGAUGAUGUUGUUGCUGAUGAAAUUUCAAGCUCUGAUGAUGAAGGGAAUGUAGUGCCACCGAUUAAAAAAGCGAAGGUUCUAGUCACUGAAGAAAUUUCUGAUGAUUCAGAUGUGAAACAAAGUGAAGUAGGCUCACUUGUUGAAGAGGACGGCGAGUUGAGUUUGGUGUCCGAAGACGAAGUACGAUGCGACCAAAUUUCGGAUGAUGAACAUGAGAAUGGAAGUAUUACUGAGCCGUUGGACCUUACAUCAGUGAUCGAUCCAAAGCAAUUAAUUGACAUCAGUGAAGAUGAGCUGGUAGAAGAAGAUAACUGUGCUACGACAAGCCAAAAACCAAAAUCUUUGCGCGAUAAGCUUUGUUUUCCUUACGUUUUUGACAAUGACGGUCUUGUUUUGGAUUGCCUUUCUAACAAAUUUAUCGAUGAAGCACGAUCUGAAGGCUUUGAUGUUUGUUUUAUGACAGCGUCGAGGCAAAUAAAUAAGUUGGAACUGUUCGAAUCUUUGCGUGGAAAUCACAGCAUAUCCAGUUUUGAACAUAGGAAACAUGUGGAAGAGUAUUUGAAAUCUACUCUUUUGUUCCAGCAAAUGGACAGUGGCACUAACAAUAGUAGAACAGCAUAUAUCGAACUUUUGGAGGAAUCCAGACAGCUUUGUUAUAAUUGA